GGGUGAAUAUUAAUGUGUGCAAAUAGCUUUUAACACUUUUACCGGUUAUCGUUCGUCACGACAUUUUUUUGGUUGUCCGGACGAAGAGGAGUUUUUUUUUUUGACAGUUUUUCUUAUCGUUCGAUUUUAUUUAUUUUUUACGUUUUCAACCGCCGACCGUUUUUUGCAAGUUCGCGAUAUUAAAUUCAAAAUAAAAAAAACAAUUAAAAAAAAUAAAGCAGAAAAAAUCAUAAAAUUCUACGGAUAAAAAUCACCUAAGCGCGUCACUAGGGUGGUCGCCGUUCAAACGACAAGAAUCAACAACUUUUGGUUGACGAUGCCUUAGCCCUUAAUGGUUUGCUCAUUAGACGAAACAAUGAGUACAUUUAUGGAAACGUGUAAUGAUACAGAUAUGAACUCUACAUUCAACUUUAGUUUAGAAGAAGUUUAUUCUAUUUUAUUAGAGCAUAGAAGAGAUGCUCGAAAUUUGGAUAAAACCACUGAGACAAUUCUCAUUGCAGUUUACUUGGGCCUAAUCACUGUUGGACUGUCAGCCAAUUUGACUGUGAUUUAUGUGGUAGCUAGACGCGUUCAGAUGCACACGUCUAGAAAUAUGUACAUAGUGAACUUGGCCAUCUCUGACAUGACCCUAUGUUUAGUUUGCAUGCCAUUAACUUUAACGUCUAUAUUAAAAUACCAAUGGACCAUGGGGACUGCUUUAUGCAAGCUGGUACCUUUAUUACAAGGAACUAACAUCAUGGUCUCAGUGGGUACAAUCACGGUAAUCGCCAUUGACAGGUAUUGGGUAAUCGUACGUGGAUCCGCUCAAAACGAACGACGGUCAGUGUAUACGUCGAUCGUCCUCGUUUGGCUGUUUGCAGUCAUUACCGCUUCGCCGGUGGCUUAUUAUCAGGUAGUCGAGCCAGUGACAUUCCAUCAAGUUGUCCUGUACGAAUCUUGCCGUGAGAAAUGGCCCUCGACUGACAUCAAAGUAGCUUACAACAUAGCAGUUGUGCUCAUACAAGCAGUACUUCCGGCUACUGUUCUACUGGUCGUACACAUUCGUAUCGCCACGUACUUACAUGCACACACAACUUCUCAAAAAGACCCAAGACGUGCCCAGCGGGAACUACAGAGAAACAAGCGCACUACUCUACUACUAAUAGGUGUGGCCGUCGUCUUCACAGUGAGUUGGCUUCCCUUAGCCGUAUUUUCUUUGGCUGCCGACUUGAUAACCACACCGAUGUCGACCAAACAGCUUUACGUGAUACUGGCCAUCUGCCAUUUGACAGCUAUGACUUCAGCCGUUUCCAAUCCUAUCAUAUACGGGUGGAUGAAUUCCAACAUCCGCAAUGAGCUUUAUCAACUGUUCAACUCCAGUCUGUGGGGAAGGCAAAAUGAUACCAGAUCGAUGGUUACAAACACCACGGGCUUGCGAAACAGAGCAAGGCCAUUAAUAACAUACAACACAUCAAAUUGUGCACCCGGUAGCCAAGAUAUGUUUUCCAGGGGCGUGACAGUGCUCUAGAAUAACGCGUUUCCGUUUUAAGCUUUUUUUUUUUUUUUU